ACUGUUUCAGUUUUACAAUGGUUGUCUUGUGUGUUUUUUGACAGCUAAAUACCCAGAGAUCAAGUCUCUGAUGGGACCCGACCCCAGGCUGAAAUGGAUCAUCUGCACGAUGGUUGCCGUCCAGUUUUUGGCCUUCUAUUUGGUGAAGGACCUGCCAUGGAAAUGGGUCAUGUUCUGGACAUACGUGUUCGGGAGUUGCAUAAACCAUUCAAUGACGCUCGCGAUUCACGAGAUCUCGCACAACACGGCUUUCGGCAACAACCGCGCCAGAUGGAACCGCUGGUUCGCCAUCUUCGCCAAUCUGCCCAUUGGGCUGCCUUACUCUGCGUCCUUUAAGCGCUACCACCUGGACCACCAUCGCUACUUGGGUGGAGACGGUGUGGAUGUCGACAUCCCCACGGAUUUCGAGGGCUGGUUCUUUUGCACCCGUUUGCGUAAGCUCUUCUGGAUCAUGUUCCAGCCGCUCUUCUACGCCAUCCGUCCCCUCUGCAUCAACCCCAAACCCAUCAGUCAACUAGAGCUCAUCAAUGUGGCCAUACAGCUGGCCUUUAACGCUCUGCUCUACUGGGCCUGGGGCGCCAAGCCCGUGGUCUACAUGAUGAUGGGCUCCAUGUUAGGAAUGGGUCUCCAUCCCAUCUCAGGACACUUCAUCGCAGAACAUUACAUGUUCCUCAAAGGCCAUGAGACCUACUCUUAUUACGGAUCCCUCAACCUGCUGACUUUCAACGUCGGGUACCACAACGAGCACCAUGACUUCCCUAGCAUCCCAGGACGCCGACUGCCCAUGGUGAAGGAGAUCGCAGCGGAGUACUACACAGGCCUGCCGUGCUACACGUCGUGGGUGAAGGUCCUCUAUGACUUUAUCAUGGACGAUGACCUGAGUCCGUACUCGCGUGUGAAGAGACGGCUGACAGGAGACGUCAAGCAGGAGUGACCGCAGACCGCCUUACCCUUCGCCUGCUGGAGAGCCAGCCGUCUGUGACACACAGGACAUUUCCAUCUUACUUUUUGGCUUUUAGCAAGUGUGCUGACGAAUUUUAAUUGUGAACCAAAACGUUUGAGCUCCUCUGUUGCACAUGGUCUGAAGAUCCAGACGCUUUUAUUAUAGUUUAAUGGAACUGUCAUGUUUUGCAUCUGAACGCUGAUGUCUCGAACUCGUUAUACAGUAGAGAUUGGAUUGACCAGGUCAGCAGUUCAUGCUGUUUCACUGUUCUUCUGCUCUCUCGCAGUUAUCUGAAUGAAUAACGCUGACAGAGCUUUGGACGCACUGUAAAUCAGCAUCCAAAAUAAAAGUUUGUGUACAUCGUAGAUGUGUCUACUGUGUAUAUUUAUUAUGUAUAUAU